AUGACUUCUCUAUUUGACAAUAACAUUGAUGUGCAGCAGGCUGGCCCUUGCAGCCGCAGGCCGUCGGAGAGGGCACGGGUACAGAUCAAAGAGCGUCAGGAGCAGGAGACUCUACGUGUCAAGAAAGCAACUCCUAAGCAGACCCAGCCACCGGUUGCCAUGUCGCGCACCAGCAUGAAGGGAACACUCACUCAACAAGUUCGUGCGAGCAGUUUCUCGAGCAAGAGCGUGGCUCUGCCCGCAAUGCCUCCUAUUCACAACAAGCAGUCCGACUUCUCUGUUGUUGCCCGGGCAUCCCUCCACCCUCGUGCACCGACGCACCGGGUACAAGCACCCCAGACCAUGGCCCCUUGCCCAGCUCCUCGCAUGACAGCCUAUCGUGUUCAAGCUGAGGCCGAGGAUGAUUCGCUCGAGGACAUCAUCCCAGUCUUGAUGGCUGAUCUCGAUGCUGAGGAGGCCGAGCAUGCCCAUCGCGUCAAGGCUCGAGGCUCUAGGUUUUCCCGAGCAUGCUACAACAAUGACACCGUCAAAGACGAGCGUAUGUCACGUUCGUCUUCGUCACAAGGACUGAAACGUUGUAACGCACGCAGCCUUCCCACUUCCGAUGACGAGGACAAUGACGUCUCCAUGCCUACAUCGCUCACGGCUGCGCACGCUGCCAAGCGCACGCGUUACACGCCGGACGAUACUGAGGACUAUACCUCAAUGUCUGACAAGUCCCUCACUGCCAGCGCACCCGGUCAAGGCCCCCCUCCACUGCCGUCGGAUGGCACUGAGCCUGAGGACAAUGAGGAUCAUCUCAUCCCACCCGAGCGGCACACCUUUCAGCCUGGACGUGUCAACAUCAACCACUACCACAACGCCGAGGGCACGAUUCACAACCUUGCUGUUGCAUACUUCAUUGCUUACGCAAUCACGCACAACAUCUGGGCUGAUGAUCUCACACUCACGAUAUGGGCCAAGGAGGCCUGGGACUUAGCUCGCAGGCAUUACAAUUCACGUAUCACAUAUGAUAAUGCGAUCAUCGGGAUGAUGAAAAAAUGUGUAUCGACGUCUACUGGCAAGGUCAAGGAGCUCAUCGCCCCCCUUGUCUCCACCCUCUACGGUUUCAACCUUACCCCGGACGCUCGGGCUCACGCUCACAACAAGAAGCGCGCGAAAUUUCUCUUGAAGGACUUCAACAUGACAUGGAAGAACGUCGGGAGCGCCCGCCAGAACAUUCCCGCAAGCGGGAUGUACGAGCACCCCAUCCUGCAAGCCGCCCUCAACGCCAUCUGGUUCAAGGGCCCGAGACAGUAUGGUCGCCGCUUCCCGAAGCAAUUCAAGCCCCUACCCAUUCCCGCUCUCGCUCUCUUGUGGACAGCUGUUGUCAACUGCCUCGACGAAUGGGCUGUUGAUGGCAAGCAUCAAAAUAUCGAUUUCGCAAAGCCGAGGUACCUCAAGCACCUCAAGGAUCACAUUGCGAACUUAGAGAAGUUCCAGAAGGUGGCGGAGGACGCCCAUUCGGACAUGUUCGAGCGUUGGCGGGAUGACAUACUCAUCAAGGCUCGCACGAACGCGAACGCAUCCGAUGACGAGGACGAGGGCGAUAGUAGUGCCGAGGCGCCGGGAUCCCUCACCCUUUGCGACUCCAUCUUCAUCAACGCUAUCAAUGUUUAUCGCUCGAGCUCGAGCGCGUCAAGUGCUCCUGCAUCCGAGCAGGACGGGAGUGACCAGGACAUCGGCAGGGGUGAUGACUCGGCGACCGGCAUCAGUGUGCGUGCACUUCUCGAGGUGUCAGAACCUCAGCAGGAGAACUUCGCCAGCGACAGCGACUUCAAUGGCCCCGGACGUGACCACAACGAUGAUGAGCACGAUGCCGACAAUCGCGAUGACGACAAUCGCGACAACGACAAUCGCGACAACGUCGUCGUUGACGUUAAUGACGCUCCCUUCGGCUGCGAUGACGGCGGUGGCGACGUGCGCUCGCUGAGCGACUCUACGCACAAAGACGCGGCCGAAUCUGCAUUGCCCGACGCCGCCAUGGACGAGGCUGAGUCGGGGUUCUUGCCCCCGAAGAAGCCAGGUGCGACCAAGGGGAAAAAGGCCGGGCCGCGCUAUACAGUUAGCUCGUACUGGGACUAUAUGGAUGACUCUAUUGAGCGUUUCGACCAGCAGGCUGAGCUCGAUGUAGCCCGUCGAAUCUUGCCUCCAGGUACAACGUUCGUGCAGGCCAAGGACACCGAGCUCAAAAGGCUGCUCGGGCUCGUCCUGCAGGCUGACAUGAUGGAAUUCCAAGGCUCGGAUGACAGCUCCAUUCGUGACGCCAAGAGCGCCCUCAAUGGCCUGGCGGGCACCUCGCCUCUUAUCCCGGAGUGGCAGGUGUUCAUCCAGAAGGAGCUUUGUUAG